AUGUUUCUCAGACAUAUCUAUACACCGUCUCACCUUCCUGUCAUGGAUCAGUUUCUGCUCAGUUUCUUCAUAUUUUUCAGUAUUUUCAUGCCAAAGCUCCAUGCUCAACAAAGUUAUUCAGGAAACUCAGUGAUGGACUGUGAUGCUAGCGAUGAAACAGGGCCAUCCUCAGCUUUUCUUUACACUUGCAAUGGUCAAAAGCUAUCCUGCCAGGCCUUUCUCAUCUUCAAAUCUCAACCUCCUUAUAAUUCAGUCUCGACCAUCUCAAAUCUUACGUCUGCAGAUCCUUUGGAGCUCGCUCAUAUCAACAAAAUUUCACUUUCUACAAUCUUGCCUCCAAACAAAGAGGUGAUUGUUCCAGUGAAUUGUUCAUGUUCAGGUCAGUACUAUCAGGCCAACACCUCUUACAUCAUUCCAAGUGUGCAAGACACGUAUUUUUCGAUUGCCAACAAUACCUAUCAAGGGUUGUCCACCUGCAAUUCUCUUUUGCAGGAGAAUGUCUAUGGUGGUUCAACCUUGCAAGCAGGUUUAGUUUUGAAAGUACCACUUAGAUGUGCUUGUCCUACAAGCAAUCAAACUUCAAAUGGUACUAAAUUUCUAUUGACUUAUGUGGUUGAUUGGGGGGAUACUGUUUAUGAUAUUAGUAAGAGAUUCAAUUCUAGUACAAUAGGUGUAGCUGGUGCAAAUGGAAUUGAUUUAGAUGAUGCAGUUAUUUUUCCCUUUACAACAGUUCUUGUUCCGCUGUCAACCGAACCCUCAAGCUCGCAAACUAUAAUUCACUUUCCGCAACCACCCUAUUCUUCUCCCUUCACUCCAAUAAAUUUGAAGAAAACUUCAAGGAAAGGACCUGUUGUUUGGAUUGGAAUCGGAAUUUCUUUGCUAGUCCUCUGCCUUCUGUUGGUGGUCUUACUACAUCAUAGGAAGAAAACAAGGGAGGCUGCCAGAAAACUUCAACUGGGGAGAAAGAAAUAGGAGUUACCCAAGGAUUUCCUAGUUAGCAUAGAUCAAAGUUUGAAAGUUUAUGACUUUGAAGAACUAGAGGUGGCCACUGAAGAUUUCAGCCACAAAUACAAGAUGGGUGGUACUGUUUAUAGAGGUGUUCUCAAUGGAGAAUCACUGGCUAUAAAAAAAAUGAGCAAAGAUGUAGAUAGGGAGGUAAGUUUGCUGAAACGGAUUAAUCAUUUCAAUCUAAUAAGCCUUCGUGGGGCUUGUGAGCACUCUGGUGUUUUCUACCUUGUUUAUGAGUUCAUGGAGAAUGGUUCUUUAAAGGAGUGGCUUCAAAAGAAGAAUUGUCAAAGAUUUCAUAUUUGGAAUUACAGAAUUCAGAUUGCUUUAGAUGUUGCUAAUGGGCUUCACUAUCUUCACAACUUCACUUCUCCAGCAUAUGUGCAUAAGGAUAUUUGCAGUGCCAACGUGCUACUCGAUGGAGAUUUGAGGGCUAAGAUUGCGAACUUCAGUCUUGCACGAUCAGCAGAAAGAGAAGAAAGCAGAAAGUCAUCAAUGUGGAGUUCUCUGGGAACAAAGGGUUACACGGCUCCUGAAUAUAUGGAGUAUGGCUUGUUGACACCUGAAAUGGAUAUAUAUUCCUUUGGGGUUCUCCUGCUGGAACUGAUCACAGGAAAGGAAGCUGUUUUUAAGCAGGAUGGAAAGGAGGUACUAUUAUCAGAAACAAUAUUAACAAUUAUGAAAGGAGAAAAUGCAGAUGCUGAACUUGAUGUUUUAUUAGAUCCUAGCCUGAAAGGACACCUCUGGAAGAAACUUGCACGCCGAAUGAUGAAACUGAGCAUCGACUGCCUGGCAGAAGAACCAGAAAGCAGACUGAGCAUGGCUGAAGUUGUUUCAUAUCUGUUGAGGAUUCAACUGGAUGCACAGCGAUCACAAUCCUUUUCUUCAGAGUGGCGUUAAAAGCAGAAACUAUAUCUACCAUUGGCCACAUCAAGUGCUACAUGCAACCUCUGGCUCCAGGUGAGAAAGGCU